GAGAGAGAGAAGGAGAGAGAGAAGGAGAGAGAGAAGGAGAGAGAGAAGGAGAGAGAGAAGGAGAGAGAGAAGGAGAGAGAGAAGGAGAGAGAGAAGGAGAGAGAGAAGGAGAGAGAGAAGGAGAGAGAGAAGGAGAGAGAGAAGGAGAGAGAGAAGGAGAGAGAGAAGGAGAGAGAGAAGGAGAGAGAGAAGGAGAGAGAGAAGGAGAGAGAGAAGGAGAGAGAGAAGGAGAGAGAGAAGGAGAGAGAGAAGGAGAGAGAGAAGGAGAGAGAGAAGGAGAGAGAGAAGGAGAGAGAGAAGGAGAGAGAGAAGGAGAGAGAGAAGGAGAGAGAGAAGGAGAGAGAGAAGGAGAGAGAGAAGGAGAGAGAAGGAGAGAGAAGGAGAGAGAAGGAGAGAGAAGGAGAGAGAAGGAGAGAGAAGGAGAGAGAAGGAGAGAGAAGGAGAGAGAAGGAGAGAGAAGGAGAGAGAAGGAGAGAGAAGGAGAGAGAAGGAGAGAGAAGGAGAGAGAAGGAGAGAGAAGGAGAGAGAAGGAGAGAGAAGGAAGAGAGAGAGAGAGAGAGAGAGAGAGAGAGAGAGAGAGAGAGAGAGAGAGAGAGAGAGGAGAGAGAGAGAGAGAGAGAGAGAGAGAGAGAGAGAGAGAGAGAGAGAGAGAGAGAGAGAGAGAGAGAGAGAGAGAGAGAGAGAGAGAGAGAGAGAGAGAGAGAGAGAGAGAGAGAGAGAGAGAGAGAGAGAGAGAGAGAGAGAGAGAGAGAGAGAGAGAGAGAAGAGAGAGAGAGAGAGAGAGAGAGAGAGAGAGAGAGAGAGAGAGAGAGGAGAGAGAGAGAGAGAGAGAGAGAGAGAGAGAGAGAGAGAGAGAGAGAGAGAGAGAGAGAGAGAGAGAGAGAGAGAGAGAGAGAGAGAGAGAGAGAGAGAGAGAGAGAGAGAGAGAGAGAGAGAGAGAGAGAGAGAGAGAGAGAGAGAGAGAGAGAGAGAGAGAGAGAGAGAGAGAGAGAGAGAGAGAGAGAGAGAGAGAGAGAGAGAGAGAGAGAGAGAGAGAGAGAGAGAGAGAGAGAGAGAGAGAGAGAGAGAGAGAGAGAGAGAGAGAGAGAGAGAGAGAGAGAGAGAGAGAGAGAGAGAGAGAGAGAGAGAGAGAGAGAGAGAGAGAGAGAGAGAGAGAGAGAGAGAGAGAGAGAGAGAGAGAGAGAGAGAGAGAGAGAGGAGAGAGAGAGAGAGAGAGAGAGAGAGAGAGAGAGAGAGAGAGAGAGAGAGAGAGAGAGAGAGAGAGAGAGAGAGAGAGAGAGAGAGAGAGAGAGAGAGAGAGAGAGAGAGAGAGAGAGAGAGAGAGAGAGAGAGAGAGAGAGAGAGAGAAGAGAGAGAGAGAGAGAGAGAGAGAGAGAGAGAGAGAGA